AUGGCAAUGAUAUCACAAGUUCCAUUCCAACUCACCGGCCGCUAUGCCGAGCAUAGCAAAUGGGAAGUUCUCAACGGCCCGAGAGACUCCCGCCCAACCGGACGAAACGUGGUCGAGGAUGAAGGUCUCGUCGGGGCCAUGAGCGACAAGGUCAUUCUCAUUACGGGCGUAUCUGCCGGCAUGGGGCCCGAAACCGUUCGAAUUCUGGCAUUGACAGGCGCCACCAUCUUCGCGACGGCGCGGAACCUCGACAAAGCACGGGAGGUUCUCGGCGCUUCUCUCCUCGAGACGGGGCGUGUGCAUCUCCUGUUCAUGGACCAGACCGACCUUGCAAGCGUCCGGAAAUGCGCCGCUGAAUUCCGCCAGCGAAGCGGUGGCAAGCUGAACAUUCUGAUCAACAAUGCUGGCGUCAUGAAGACACCUGAAUGUCGUACGAAGGAUGGCUUUGAGCUGCAGUUCGGGACGAACCAUCUAUCCCACUUCCUCCUCUUCUACUUGCUGAAGGAUAUUCUGCUCGCUAGCUCGACUUCCGAGUUCCACUCACGCGUAGUGAAUGUUUCGUCGGUAGGCCAUCGCUUCGGUCCCGUGCGCUUUGACAACUUGAACUUUGAGGGUGAAUACGAGGGUUGGGCCGCAUACGGACAAUCUAAGACGGCCAAUAUCUACAUGGCAACCCAAAUCGAGCGACUCUACGGCGCGCAGGGCCUGCACGGGUAUAGUCUCAACCCGGGCAGCUUCGACAACCCCAAUCUGCAGAAAUUCUCUCAGGAGGAGAUGAAGGCCGCAAAGAACGACGACCGGAUGGUGAAGUAUUUCGUGAGUCUAGAGCAGGUGUGCGCAACGAGCGUCUAUGCUGCCAUCUCGAAAGAAUUAGAGGGAAAAGGAGGGUUGUACCUCGAGGGCGCGUCGGUGGCUGGCCCCCGCCGGCGAAUAGCGAUACGGUUGAGUACGGGUACGGCGAGUGGGCGUUUGAUCGUGAGAAAGAAGAGAAGCUGUGGGAGGUUAGUAAGGGGUUGGUUGGCGUGGAGUGAUGGAUAUAUGGUCCUUCACAACUGUAUUUUUGUAAAUACCUAG